AUGCUCGCAAAUUGCACCGAGGAAGAUCCAGCCGAUACUGAGGCUGAGGAGCUUUCUGAUGAUGAGGAUGACGAUCCUACAUGUCCGACUAUCCGUUAUUCUGCUAAGGAAAAGGAGCAGAUCCAGGAGCCUUGGAGGCAGUCCCUAAUCGUAACGGUGAUGGGGCGUCGGGUGGGGUAUGCUUAUCUUUUACGGCGUCUGACUUCGAUGUGGAGGCCCAAAGGCCGCAUGGACUUAAUUGCUUUAGAUAACGACUACUUUCUGGUCAAAUUUGGUUUCAUUGAGGAUUUGGAGUUUGCGAAGUACGAAGGUCCGUGGAUGGUUCUGGAUCACUAUUUGAUAGUGAAGGAUUGGGUGCCGAAUUUCGAUCCGAUUGCGGACACUACGGAAAAGGUUCUUGUUUGGGUUCGUUUCCCUAGCAUCCCGGUGGAAUACUAUAACUAUUUGAGUUUGCGAAGGAUUGGGAACAAGCUUGGUCGGACUGUUAGGGUAGAUCACACGACAAGUCUGGUUUCGAGAGGGAAGUUUGCGCGGGUUUGUGUUGAACUCGACAUUACCAAACCUUUAGUCUCCACUUUCACUAUGGAGGAGAAGGUUUGGAAGGUGGCAUAUGAGGGCAUCCACUUGGUCUGCUUCUCGUGUGGGCUAUACGGCCAUAGGCAAGAGUCAUGCCCGACUUCGCCGAUCGAGGCUACUGUGGUCGUUUCUACAGAUCAGAACGCGGAUCCUGGUCAGGCGGUAGCUAAUGCUGAUCCUACUGCUCAAGUUGCAGGGGUUCAACAAGGACAUCAAACGUCUACUCGUGCGAAGCCUUACGGUCCGUGGAUGAUCGCUCCAAGGCGGGAUCGGAGACCUACUGGGCGACCAGCGGGGCCGGGGAAAACUGUGGCAAUAGAGGGUUUACCCGGGAAUGUUAGUGCUGCCGGCCCAAGGGCUAAUACUUCAGGUUCAAGGUUCGCGCCACUGGAAGAUGAUCCAACCUCUGAGAACCAUUCAGCCCUUGAGGAUAGUAGAGAACCAGUUCAUCAACGUGAGACGCAGCCUGCUCAGCAGACUGCUGCGACAACCACUAGGAAUCAGCGAACACGACGGGCCAAUGUGGUGGUGAACGAGAGACAGAUUAUUAACGAACCGGCUGAAGGCCGACUAGUGUCAGUCCUGGAGAAAGAAGAAUCCUCUCGCGCCAAUCAAUCUGCGUCCAGGCCGCGUCGUGCCGCUGAGGAGGACGAGCAUGUGGUCAUUUGCGGCGAGCAGGGAGGGCAAGUCAUAAAUGAAACCAGAGUGGUCACGGGUGACGCCAUUGCGGUUGCACCUAACGUGAACUCCAACCCCAUGUCGGAGCACCAUGCGGACCCUCCAAAUGCUUGGGAUGAGGAAGGGGAUGCGGUGAUGGAGAUUGAGAAUCCAAACGAGCUUGAUCAGGCGGAGGGGGGCGUUGAUGCUUGA